GUUCGGUUACUCUCUGCUUGCGAAAGAGGUCCGUUUAUCGUGCGCCAAUUAUCUCGUGUGUCGGCAUGCAAUUUCGCGAAUGCGAAAUGUAAAUUUCGUCUUGUUCGAAACGACUUCUACAGUUUUUAUUUUCGGUUUUACACCGAUUAUUUCGUCGUUUUAGUAAUUUUUUUUUUUCGUAACUCGGGUUCGUUAAAAGGUCAUUUCUUUUUUUUCGUUAUUUACUUUAUUUUCCAUCGUUGAUAAAUUUUUUCACCUUUUUUUUCUCCUUAACCGGUGUUCGACUAAAGUUAAUUUUUUUGCGGGUCGUAACUUAAAUAAUUAUUGUUCGUUUUAAAUUAAUUUUUUAAUUCGUUCGAAUUUUUUUUUGUUCAUUUGUCUAUCAAGUCACGUUGUGAACUUUUCAAGUGCGCGAUUAAGUGUUUUGAUUGACUAAGUUAUUUCACUAAUACGGAUAUAAAUAUUCAGAUCGAGCUCGACGCGACGCCGAGAUGAAAAGCGUUUGAAAAGCUAGAAAAUUUCUCUUUCGGGUGGUUAAAUGAGAGAAGUAAAUGAUGGCACGAGACAAAAUUAUAACUCGGAUUGAAGUGGGCACCAAUGCGAUAAUAUAAAAUAAUCUAACUACGAAGAGGCAUCGACACCAUGCAGCUCUCAUACAAAAUUCUUUACUUUGAUUGUCAACCAAGAGCCUAGAUUCACUUCGUUAGUUUGAGAGAACGCAGGCAACAUCUCAUUUUCAUAUAAUCAAGCAUUUUUACAAACGGUUCGGGAAUCGACAAUUCGCGUCUUACCAUCAAUAAGAAGAAGCAGCCAUAUUCGGUUAGUUAUCAGUAUUACUGCGCCGAAAAAAAUUCGCAUACACCUACGCCGCCGUCAGCACGAUGCGUGAAAGAAAUAUAAACGAGUAUAGAAUAAGAAAGACUGGUAAUCGACUGGAGGGUGUUUCGUGAAAGUGCCUGAUACCCGAAGGAGUGGCGAUAGGGGCCACGGUGGUACGACAAUUCAACAAGGAUGAUGGUGUCCGCGAGACAAAUAAUAAUAAUUUUACUCACAAUGUAACUAUGUAUUUUUGGCGUUUAUUAAUCCUUUACGCGUUGUUCGAGAACACGAUGGCGUGCCCAUCUAAUUGCAUCUGCAAAUGGAAAGGUGGUAAGCAGACGGUGGAAUGCGUUAAUAAAAGCAUGAUCACGGUACCGGAUGGCAUCGAUAGCAGCACCCAAGUGCUCGAUUUCACCGGCAAUAAUUUAAAAAUGCUGGGGAGCGAGCAAUUCGAACGAAUGAAUUUGGUCAAUCUGCAGAAAAUAUUCUUAUCUAGGUGUCGUUUGACCCAACUCGACGAUCGAACAUUCAAAGGUCUAACCAACCUGGUCGAGUUGGAUUUAUCGAAUAAUAUAUUGAAAUCGAUUCCUACGGCGACCUUUCUCGAUUACCCAGCUUUGAUGAAACUCAACCUGAAUGGGAAUCCUUUCGAGAUCAUUAAAUCGUAUAGUUUCAAAACGCUGAAAUUCCUCAUCCACCUGGAACUGAGCAGGUGCGAGUUAAAGGUGAUAGAGAAGGAUGCGUUUUACGGUCUGAAUGCUUUGGAAUGGCUGAAAUUGGACUAUAAUUCGUUAAAGUAUAUUCCAGGAAUACACACGAUACCGAGAAAACUGCACAAUAUCAAUUUACAGCAUAAUCCUUGGUAUUGCGAUUGCAAACUGCACGAUUUGUAUAUCUGGCUGAACGGUACGACUAUUCCGCAGGCAGUUGAACCGAUCUGCGAUGGCCCAGUACGUCUGAGAGGUGCACCUAUCAAGCUUCUGGACGAAAAUGAGUUGGCUUGUUUGCCAGACGUGUCUCCGACAUCUUUAUAUCUGGAGAUCUCCGAGGGUAAAAACGUCUCUUUGGUUUGUCGAGUGAAUUCCAUCCCAGAAGCCAAAGUAUCGUGGCGGUUUCGAGACAAUAUCUUACAAAACGACUCGAUCAUCGCUCCAGGGGUACAUUUGUACUAUUAUCUGGAAGAAGGCAGCGUCGAAAAGGUCAGCGAACUGUUUAUCUUCAACGCGAAUGUCGAAGAUAACGGUACGUUUAUUUGCCAAGCUGAGAAUCCAGCUGGUAAAGCUCAGUCGAAUUACACCAUUCGAAUUGUACUGAAAGAGGAACCUCUACCGUACGUCAAGAAGAUCCCUAUCGAGUACAUAAUCGCAGCCUGCAUUUUGGCAGCUGUCAUCUUGAUAUUCUUACUGAUCUGUGGAAUCACGUGCCUUCUGCGAUACCGAGUCAAGAAACGAAAACGCAGGAAGAAAGAGAAAACCAAAGAGCUAGCUCUGUACAACACAGACAGCGAUAUUCGUGCUUCGCCUAUAACUCGAAAUGGCGAAACUUUGGCAGUCUGUAACGACCCCUCGAUACAGAAACCAAACGGUGGCAUUUUCACUACAGACGGUAGUAUGCUGAAAAUGUCCACCAUCGCUGAGACGGUCGGCAACGCGGCCAUUUCUCACGUAUUCUACCCUUGUAGCCAACUGCCCAGCGAGCAGAACCCGGAUCUAAUCAACGAUACCGGAAAAGACGUCAGAAAACUGUCGAGCAAUCUGGAAAGUCUGGUCAUCCGGAUGGAUGACUCGUACAUUGGUCGAGGUGGCAUGACGUUGGUGAAGAACACCUCGAUGGCCAACUGCGAUCCAACGAUAGCUGACAGUCUGGCGUACACGACAGCCAUGUCUCAAUGCCAAGACGCAUCCCGAGGCUGGUCGACUCCUUACGAUGGAGCCAAUCAACCGACGUCGAUUCCGGUCAACAUCUGUUAUAACCAUUUCCAAGCCAGAGAUAUACAUCUGACGCCGGAUAAAUUCAUCGUCGACGGAUACCCGACCGAUUACGGGUUACCCAAGGUACCUACUCAUUUUCCACCCAUCUUGCCGGCGACUGCUUUCUAUCGAACGCUUCCUCAUCGACGUCAUAAUCAGUCAUCGAAUCCGUGCAACGUUCGAUACGUCAGAGAAGCCGAAUUCCUCACCCACGCCGUACAGCAGCCCGCCUCGUACGAGCAUUUCCACGGAGCCGCCAGUUCCGGAGUCAGUACCUCUUCAGCUGUCGCAGGUGAUGUUCGUUACAAUGUCGAAGGGUAUCCCAAAGAUUCACCCUCGUACACAUACACACCCCACGUAUCGUUCUCCGAUACGGUUCAAAUACUCGGUAAAUCAUCCGACUUGUCGAUGUCGUCAUCCGGUCAAACCGACGGCAGCACGACCAUGAACAGCUCGAUGCAAAACGAAGACCAUACGUCUUCGGGCGCAGACAAGAGAUUGGACAACUCGCAAACCGAACUCAAAGAUACCAAACCUCGUAGGGUAUCAGCUUGCGCGAAGAAUCUCAACGAUAGCCCGGAUGAGGGAUACGUCGGCGAGUGUCCGGACACGACCGAUGUCUAGUUCAUUCCUCCCCCCUGCACACUUCCCUGUAACUUCGUAUAAAGUGAUAAAUUCUCUUUUUCUCUCUCUCUCUCACUCUCUCGAGAAUAAUACUUAUAUUGUUGUAAAUAAUGAUUUUUUAUACUCGUUUUUCUUUUUUGAUUUUUUCCCCCUUUUGAUUUUGAAAUUUUUUUUGUCGUUUACUCGAUCGCGAUUUUCGUUUUAUUACCUACGUACAUAAUUAUGUAUUAUGAUUUUUUUUUCAAAGUAGUUGUGUAUUAUUCAUUGUGUUUCACACUUUUUAAUCGAUGUUUUUAUUAUACUUACUACGUGUAUGUACACUAACGAUGUACCUACUUUUUCUCCCCCUCAUUUUUCGUUCGGUUGUUUUUUUGUUUAUUUCAAUUUUUUUACUUCAUUUCGUACGAAAUAUUUGAUUGAUUGUAAAUGUAUAAUUGUAGAGUAUUCGUAAAAUUACUAUGUUUGCAUACGGUAUUAAUUUUCGAACAUUUUCUAACGAUAUGGCUGUUAUAUGUAUGUGUAAAUUACUAGAUAGAUGGGUAUUCAUAUAGUAUGGCGUAGUAUUGAAAAGAAAAAAAGAAAACGAAUCAAGGAACAAAAGUUCAAAUAGGUCAUAAGAUGAUAGUCUAGUUUAUCCAGCGUGGAAUUGGGCAAAUUUUUGAUUUCGAAUCUUUUUGAUUCGUCUCGUAUAUUUUCGUCAUACGAGGCACCUUUGACCAGAUCAAGCAUUUAUGGUUUCGAUCGUCCGGAAAAUUAAGCUUCUAAGAUUUUGUAUUCUGUCACCAUUCAAAAAAAAAUUGUAUUCGAUUUAUUUGACCCCCCUUCUCCUCCUCCUCCUCCUCCUCCUUCUUUAACCUACACUUUGUUAGAAAACCAAAGUGAUCGAAGGGUAGCUGAUGGUUAAGAUAAAAAGGUGAAUCGGCCUUUGGCUCAGAUUUGAAAAUAUUCACAAUGUAUCUUUGGAGAGCUGAAAAAAUGUUACCCAACCCUCCUCCUUUCUUCAUCAUGUGAAAAAAAAAACGUGUUUUUCACGCUAAAAAUUUUUAUUCGACUCCAUGUGGAUCAACAAUUUUGCAAUCUCUGUGGUAUACAGAGGGACUGGGGGCGAAUCCAUGGAAUUUUUUCCAAUUUUUUUGCACAGUUUUCUAGCCAAACAGUUUGAAAGAAAAUUUCAAAGUGCUAUUGGGUAACCCCCCCCCCACAAAAAACAUCCUGUCGGGGAGCCCACUUAAGGAUAAAUUGCACCCCCCCCCCCUUCGAUCCUCCGGGGCAACUUUUUUCUUAAAGGGGGAGUCCUAAGGAACAUUUCUAGCCCUUGUACUCGAAAAAAAAGUGGCCCUACUUACAAAAUGGCGGCCAUUUUGAUUGACAGGUCAGCCGAAAUCGCAGAUUUUGCGUUCCAACUUUUUAAACCGUACAAAGGUAGAUCGAAAGAGCAGGCAAAAAUUCAUCACCUGUCAAAAUUUCAAGUGCUAAAGUGCGUUUUUCGAUUUUUGGUGAAUUUUUGAAAAUCAAAUUUAGGUCAAAAAUGAGAGAAAAAAUCAAAAUUUUACCAAAUUGACCAAGAAAGCUGAAAUUUGGGAUACACCCUAUUUUCGACAUGCAAAAUCGAUUGGAAACUGUUUCAAACUGUUUUGAGCAUUUCUGGAGCCUCCAGCAGAUUUUUGAAACUCGAAAUUCCCACAAAAUUUUAUCAAAUGGAGUUGGAUAGCCGAAAUUUACUCUGCACUCCAAUUUUAACAUCCUCUGAAGACGACUUCAAGUGGGUUCAAAUCAUUUUGGAGCCUCCUGCGACUUUUUGGAAAUUACUGGAGCCUCCAGUAGAUUUUUGAAAAUUGAAAUUCCCGCAAGAUUUUACCAAAUGGAGUUGGCAAGCUGAAACUUACUUCGGAAACUGAUUUCAAUACGAUAUGAAGUCAACUACAUGGUGGUUUCAAAUGGUUUUAAAUAAUUUUGAAGCUUCCAGCUACUUUUUGGAAAUUUCAAUAUUCCAAAAAAGACUACAUGACAUCUCAAAAAGUCGCUGGAGGCUCCAAAACGACUUGAAAUCCACCAGCAGACGACUUCGUAGCGUAUUGAAAUUAGUUUGCAGAAUGAAUUUUGACUUUCCAUCUCCGUUUGAUGAAAUUUUUAGGAAAUUUAAAGUUUCAAAAAUCUCCGGGAGGCUCCAGUAAUUUUCAAAAAAUCGCUGGAUGCUCCGAAACGACUCGAAAUUUCCCUGCAGUUGACUUCGUAGCGUAUUGAAAUUAGUUUGCAGAGUAAAUUUCGGCUAUCCAACUCCAUUUGAUGAAAUUUUGUGGGAAUUUAGAGUUUCAAAAAUCUGCUGGAGGCUACAGAACUGCUCAAAACAGUUUGAAACAGUUUCCAAUCGAUUUGGCAUGUCGAAAAUCGGGGGUAUCCCAAAUUUCAGCUUUCUUGGUCAAUUUGGUAAAAUUUUGAUUUCUUCUCUCAUUUUUGACAUGAUUUUCAAAAAUUUGCCAAAAAUCGAAAAACGCACUUUAGCACUUGAAAUGUUUACAGGUGAUAAAUUUUUGCUUGUUCUUUCGAUCUACCUUUGUACAAUUUGAAAAAUUUCGUACAAGUCCUAUGUUGAAACGCAAAACCUGCGAUUUCGGCUGACCUGUCAAUCAAAAUGGCCGCCAUUUUGUAAGUAAGGCCAGUUUUUUUUUGAGUACAAGGGCUAGAAAUGUUUCUUAGGACUCCCCCUUUAAGAAAAAAGUUGCACCGGAGGAUCGACGGGGGGUGCAAUUUAUUCUUAAGUGGGCUCCCCGACGAUGUAUCAUUGAAAAAAUGACAAAAUUUUCAAUUUCUCGGUCUUCUGCCCCCCCCCCCCGGGUACUCUUACCUCAUCCAACAGAAUAUUGUCAUGAUCAUGCUUAAUUUACGAACACAUGAACAUGUACCUAUUCAAGGGUGUCACUAGAAAAAAAUGGAGGAAUUUUUUUUCAAGUUUCAUCCCCCCUUUCUCCGUAAUACACGUAAAAAAAUAAUGUCACAUUCAAAAUCUACGGUUUCGCUGGAAAUUUUCAAUUUUUUUCAGAUCUCAACCCUUUUCCUCUUCAUUCUACACAGAGAAAUAUUGUAAGAUUUACUCUUGCUCUACUAACUCGUUAACUUGAAUAUUUAAAGCACUACCAGAAAAAAAUGGAAAAAGGAAAUUUUCCCAGGUCUCGGAAUCCUCCCCCUUUUUACCCCCUCUUCUCCCCUCUCCUAAAUCAUACAAGAGAAUAUUGUUAAAUUCGUAAUCCAUGGCCUCGUUGCAAAUUUUGACAUUUUUUCCAGGUUUAAUUUUGAUUUUAUCUCCACCCCACACGAAAAAUUAAAUUAUGGCCAAAUUCGUACCUACUCCAAGACUUUGUUGAAAUUUUUGAAUUUUUUCAGAUCAUCUCACCCCAUUGCCUCUCUACCACUUGCGAAGAAAUAUUUCCAAAUUUGUAAUCCACGAUCCUGCUCCAAAUUUUCACAUUUUUUUCAAGUCUUAUACCCUCUUUUAUCUCAGCCCUACAUAAAAAAUAUUGCCAAAUUCAUAAUCUACAACCUCGCGUUUGGAGUUUACAAAUUUUUCACACAUCUCACCUAAUUAGUAAAUUUUGGCAAAAUUCAAUUGUUUUAUUUUUUUCCAGGUCUGCUUUCCUUUCCUUCCCUUCCCAAAGACAAAAUACAGCCAAAUUCGUAGAAAAUUUCGAAUUAAUUGAGAAUUUUCCAACUUUUUCAAGUCCCCCUGUCUUGUUCAACCAAACAAGCGGUUUCAAACUUUGGGAAUUCGGGUUAGCAACCCCCCCCCCCCAAACAAAUCAAAAACAAACCUGAUUGAUUCAAAAUACAAAAUUACUGCAUAAACUACUUGAACAAACUUCCCUUUUUUUUUUUGGCAACUUGAGGAGAGAAGAGUGUCUUAUAGGAUUUUAAAUUUUACAAAAUUAUCCAAAAAUUGCAUAAGUGAAUUGAAAACUUUGAAAUUAACAGAUAGGUAGGUAAGAAAAAUUGUAUUUUUUUUGAGGAGUCAGAUUUUCAACCAAGCUUGUGAAAUGUCAAAAAAAUAAACUGUUUUUCACUUAUGUUGAAUGGGGCCUUCAAUACACUUGGAGCCUUUCUGUAGAUAAAUGUGGGUUACACAAAACACAAUUUUUACCAUCUUAUGUCUAAUGACGCCCCGAAAACACUUGGUAGUCAGAAGGGAACCUAGAAAGAUCAUUUCCAAAGUUACAGCUGCCUCGUUCCAAAUUUUCAAGUUUAAGCUUAAUUAUUUUUUCUUUUUGAAAAAAUUAGGCACAAAAAUACAUUCUCAUGUCUAAUGACGCCCUGAAAACACUUGGUAGUCGGAGGGAACCUAGAAAGAAAAUUUCCAGAGUUACAGCUGCCAAAUUCCAAAUUUUCAAGUUUAGGCUUAUUUUUUUUUGAAAAAAUUUGGCACAAAAAAUACGUACACCUUUUUCUCUCUCGUGCCAAAAAAAUACCCUCAAAACUCAUCGGAAGUUGAAAUUGAAAUUAAAAAUAUAUUGCCAACGCUUUUUAUAGACUUUUUUCCUCAAUUUAUGCAAUUCUCGUCUCAUUCUGGAAAUUUAAAAGCCAUGUAGGACUUCUAAGUUUUCGUUUGGGUAGUUUAUUUCUCGGGGGGAGGGAGAGAGGGAAAAAAACAGAGCAAAAUCGGUGACCGAUUGACCGAAAGGUUCCCUUGUAUGCAAGUUGAAUAACUGAAAAAUUAGUAAACAAUUCUGUAAAGAGAGAAACGUAUUUUUUGGGCACCCAGUGAACAGAUCCGAAAUCUUCAACUUUGAAGUACCUAUUUAACACCAGAAAUCUAUCAAAAUUAAGAUCAUUUCUUCAUAGAAAUCGUGGCAAAAGUUACUGGCUGUCUUCGCAAUUCCAGAAAAUAUGUACCUACAAUUUAUGAUGAUAUCUCAACUUUUUUUUCCCCUCAAUCGUCAUUCGUCAACACUAAAAUCUACACAACUAGAUACAAAAAGAAUUUCACGAGUACAGAAUACAUAUAAUUCCAAAAUCAGAAAGAGCAUCCAUUAAAAUCAUUCUAUGAAUUUAAAAUUUGAAAAUUGAUCCAAUUCCGAAAAACUGUGCCACGAUGAAAAGAAAAUUUUCGUUUUUAAUCUUUACCCAAAAUACAGAAUUAGAGAAAUUUUUUUAAAAAUUCAAGCAACAAUCGAAAUUUAUUUUUUUUAAUUUUUUAACAAUAUCUGAAACCUAAUAUGGAUAAAUUUCCAAAAUACCUAAUUAGCAUCAAACAUUCAUUUUUCAAAAUAAAUGAUCAAGAUACCAUCUAUUGACAAUUUUUUACUAUUCAAACUGCUCUAAACUCAUUUCGAGCUAAAUACCAACCCCUGUAAAAUGCUUCAAUUACACAACUGUGACUGAAAACACUCACAACCUGCUCAAAAAUACACAUCAGUAUCAAAAAAUCAAAUCAAAAUUGAUCAAAAUUCUCUUCAAUCACUCUUCACACAUUUCCUGAGAAAACGAGAUUGUCUUUCAUUAAAAAUCCUACCAUGAUUGUUUCUUUUGAAUUUUCAAACAUUCUGAAAACAAUGAUAAGUCAUCACAAGCACUGCAGAAAACUCAAGACCAGUUUAUUCCACAUACCCUUUUAUCCAAUCUUUGUUUGAUUUCCUCCGCUUUAUGCCAAUUCAAGCAGCUCCCUCGGCCCCUCGUACUCGUAAAUACGACGAAAACAAUUUUGAUAACUUUUUCACACCUCAAAGAAAACAUCUCCGUAAUCUCAGUAGGUACUUACCUACCAUGCUAUAGGACAUGAAAACAAAUAAACAUACAGCAAAUCUGACGACAUUACGAAUAAAACUUGCAGACAUUUUUCGCACGGUAUACACUGCAAAGUCGCGAGCGAAGGCGCGCGUGAAAUUUCAUUAAAAAAAUGUCUGCACAUUUGUAAAUUUACUUUUCGUUGCAAUAUAAUAAAGAAGAUUUGAAAUAGCGAAGCUACACUAUAUUAUUAGUUAGCUACACACCAAGACGAAUACUACAAUAUAAAUAUGCUCGUGUACUUGUUUUUUUCUUUCAUUUUUGUGUAAAUAUCAAAGGAAAAAAAUUUACUUAACACUUUUAUACACACACACAGACACACAUUGUACCUUAUAGUUCGCUUAAAGGGUCGCGUCGAAGAAAAAAACCAAGCCAAGUGUAGGCGAAUAAAAAAUAAAGUGUUCUGUUUCAGUAAGUUUAAACUGUGUAAAUAUGUAACUAAAUGUUAAUAUUGCAUUUUAAAAUUAAAAAAUCCAAAAAGAACAAAAAAAAAUUACUCCGACGAUAUCGCACGUGUUAAACAACGUCUGUGUCGCGAUACCAAUAAAUCUAUAGUAAUAUUUCGUUGAAAAUGAACCAAAAACAAAACAAAAAAAAGAAGCAAAUAGAAAGUAUACAAUAAACCAUCCUCAAUACGUAUCAGAUUCAAUAUAUACGCGGAUACCUUCUACACUAAGAAUAUAAAACUACGGUUUACAUUUUAUUAUACAUAAUCUAUAAAUUUAAUAAAUCCUUUUCGCCUUUUCUCUCGUCCUUCUACAUUACAGGUUUUUUUUUUUUCGUCGCCGAAUAUGCCAAAAACAAGAAGAAAAUAGUGAGAAAAAAACUCGUACUUGGUACGUGUUCGGCGCUGUUUUCUCUCUUUCUCAUAAACGCAGCAAAUGCACGACUCUUUUGGAAAAAGUUACGUCUUUGUAAACGACUUUUGCACUUGGUAACAUUUCAUUAACGACGUAUCCGAAACAAAAAGCUCUCAAACGUUGCGAACACACCGUGGUGAUAUUUCUUCUUUGAAAAAACAAAAAGAAAUUAAGACUGAAUGUUGCCUAGAUUUAUAAUUCAAACACAGCAAUAUACGUACUAUAACUCUUACCGAGCAUUUUUUUUCACCUAUUCAAAACACAAAAGAUCUCAUAAUAUACUCUAUUUCGCCAUAAAUAAAAUUUGUACUUGUAUAUUGGACGAUGAAGCUGCUCCGGAUGAACAUUAAGAUUUUUUGAAAUUUCGACACUAUACCCAAAGUUACCAUGUAUAAUAAUUUUAGAAUGUAUUUUAAAUACUUACUAAAUUUUUUUAAAAGGUAUAUUUUUUUCUAACGAAUAGGUAAGGUAACCAUACCAAGUAAACCGAUAUACCAUCAACGAUAAGCUUCAUUAUAAAUGGUACAAACGAUGAAGCUAUCAUCUGUGAAAAUUUUCUUCUUUUUUUUAGAAGGAAAAAAAAGAAAUUCUCUCAAACGAAUAAAAAAAUAAUGAAAUAUUUCUACUAAAGAGCAGAGAUUCUCGUACACAAUACAUUGUAAAUACAAUACAUAAGGAUAUUUACGCGUGAAUGUACCCGAUUUUUUUCUAUUUUUUAAUAAGCUAUAGAAUAUUUCUAUACUGUGUAUUCAUUUUAAAUGAGAUAAAAAAAAUGACAAAAAAAACGAGAAAAAAAAUAAUGUUUUGUACAUGUUCAUUGUUACGUAAUUAUUAUAUUGCAUAUGUUGCACUUGAUAAAAAAAAAUGUAGUUUUUAUGUUUCCUUUGAAAAAUAAAUCUUUACGAAUAAA